AUCAGUGAUUGCCCCUGACUUACAUCAUCACAAAGCAUGGCGCAGUAUUUAUGCUGCAUUCCAUUUGCCUCGGGAUCCGAUUUUCGAAUCCAAUGCAUAAAUAUGGAUAGGGAAUUUUCCAAUAGAUAAAUAUGGAUAGGGAAGCAAAAACGUAUUCAUUAAUGCAUUAAGUUUAAAUUAAGUAUAUUUUCUGCUCAUUUUCUGCUCUGCUACUUACUGUAUAUCUGUUUUCUACACUUCUGCGUAAAUUCCACGAUAGCGCGGUGUGGUCAACCAAUCAGCAAGUUUAUCGCUAUAACAUGAGGUCAUGCACAUGAGAUCAAGGGCUAGACAACAGAUACUUUAUAUGGAGACUUGCCAAAAUCUGGACAGGGGUGUGAAUUACUUAUGGUAGAUUGCUCUCAGUAAUAUGUGACAAUGAUGGACGGCGUUCACAUUUUCAUGUCAUUAUUAAAAAUAUUCUGCCAGUGACGUAAAAUAUUCAGUUAGUGCGACAUCCGGUCAUGACACAAAGUAAUACCAUUAGCGUUUCAGUGGUUUGUUGGAUUUACAGAAAUUACUCCGCAAAGACAUGGAUUAGUAAUUAUAGGCACCUCGCAGUGUAUAAGAUUUGGAAAUUAAAUGUAACUCAUUUUAUGGAAAAUGAAUAUACAGUAUAUGACUUCUGAGGAUUCAUAAUUUCCAGAUGCUUUUGUGACAUUGAGACUAAGCUGCUGUUCAUUGUGGCCAUGUUACCAUCCUCUACAAAGUAUUAACCUUUUCUUUUAAAGCUGGUUUUACAUAACAGUCACUUUAUGUCACUCUGACAUACUGUUCAGUCUUAUAACUUUUUAUGUCACUUGAAUGAAAAAAGGGUCAUAACACAACUUUAUGUAGCAUAAACUUAUGACGGUUGACAUAGGGGUUGCCAUUAUCAGCAGUUAUGACAGCUGCAAAACUUUAUAAACGAACCUAAAAAUGCUUUUGACAAGAUAUGUCAGCUGUCAUGAAGGGCUUAUGUUGGUGUCAUGCAGCCUUAAGUACUGUGUUACUGAUUCAUUUUACUUUUAACUACAGAUUUUAAUUAGCCUCAUUCUCUUAUGAAAAAAAUCUACGUAUGUCUGAUAAGGAACACUUUUUUUUCAGUUGCAAAUAACAUGUUGUACCUGUCAGUCAGGCGGGUUUGUCAGAUUCCUGGGAUUAGGCGGAGUCUGGCCAGUACACAUAAACAGGCAUGCAGUCUCCCGCUUCUCCUUUGCCUGUGACAACAGACGUCCCCUCCGCACGCUGCUGAGCUCCAGCUCCAGCUCCAACAGACUGUCCCAACGUCCUCGCAAGGCAACACCUAGGAGACCAGACAGCGCAGAAGAUUCAGGAUGGCCCUGUUGCAGAGCUUCCUGUCCGCUGAGCAGUUCCAGUGCUCCAUUUGCCUGGACAUCUUCACCAACCCCGUGUCCACCCCAUGUGGCCACAGCUUUUGCAUGGCCUGCAUUGGAAGGUACUGGGAUGAGAGCAGAACCUGCCAGUGCCCUCUGUGCAAGGAGAUCUUUCGUAACAGACCCGACCUGCACAUCAACCGAACCCUCAGGGAGAUCACCGAGCAAUUCAAAGUCGCGGCGGGCUUCGGGGCUCGCAGCCACAGCCGGAGGGUGUCCUGUGCGAGCCUACCAAAGCCAGACGAGCUGGCCUCUGUUGUCUUUGCAGAGGCGCGGUCCCGAUGGACCCCAUCACACAGCCAAGUUGCCGACAGCUACAUACUUCCGGCCUUAGCUCCCCCGGUCCCAGACGAGGCCCAGGAACUCCUGGUUCAAGCCUCAGGUUCUCGGUUGGCUCUAAGGAGGUUCACGUUGGGCGGGUCAGACUGCCUGCACACAACACUGAACCAGAAGCACCAGCAGUGCGUGGAGCUGUUCUGCAAGAAUGACAAAAUGUGCACCUGUGAGGGAUGUGCAGAGAUGAACCACGCAGACCACGAUGUCAUCUUCUCUGAGAGAGAGGGGCUGCUUAAUAAGUCUCUGUUAGGAAUAACCAACAAAGAAAUCCAGGAGAUGAUCCAAGACAGGGUGAAGAAGGUGGAGGAGAUACGAACAUCCCUGAUGGACAUCAAAGAAUCUACAGAGACAGAAAUGCUGGGCAGCCUGCAGGUCUUCAGCACCCUGGUCAGCGCUAUCCAGAGAAGUCAGGCUGAGCUGCUCGAGAUCAUCGAGAUGAACCACCAGGUGGCUGAGCGCCAGGUCGUGGGCCUGAUUCAGGAGCUGGAGGAUGAGAUCGAAGAAUUACAGAGGAGGGGUGAUACCCUUAAGCAGCUCCUGCCCUCUGAAGACAAUGACUUUUUGCUUGAGACUAAGGACUGGUCCAGCAUAUCGGUGAACCCUGACAUCUGCGUUGUAAAGGUACACAAGAUUGUUUCAAGGCUGGUGGAGCGCUUCCAAGAGGAGCUGAAGAGGCUCCCAGAGAUAAGUUUACGGGCUACAGCGGACUCCUCCUCACUAACAUCACAGCCAAAGGCUAGGAAGAUCCAGGAAUAUGCAGUGGAUGUCAGGCUGGAUGCCAGCACAGCUCAUCCCAGGCUGAUCCUGUCUGAGGACAGGAAGCAGGUGUGUUGUGGAACCAAAACCCAGAAAGUCCCCGACUUCCCGCAGAGAUUCAACCGCAUUUUCUGUGUUCUGGGCCAGGAGGGCUUCACAUCGGGUCGGCACUACUGGGAGGUGGAGGUGAGGGGCAAGACUGACUGGGAUUUGGGUGUGGCCAGUCAGUCUGUAAACAGAAAGGGUAAGAUCACGGUCCACCCUAGCCAUGGUUUUUGGUUCUUAAGCCUGAGGGAUAAAAGCAAUUAUGGGUUUCAGACCAGUUCAUCCAGCUCCCACCUGAGACCCCAGAAAAUAGGUGUCUUCCUGGAUUACGAUCGGGGCCAAGUCUCUUUUUAUAAUGUGGAGGCUAAAUUGCACAUCUACACUUUCCACGGCACCUUCUCUGACACCAUCUACCCCUUCUUUUGCCCCUGUAGCAAUAAAUCGGGGAAGAAUGAAGCCCCUCUUAUCAUUACCCCCAUUGUAAUGACAGAGUAAAGUUGCACUGAACUAUAUGUUUACACUUAAGACUUCAAACAUAAGUAGCACUGUGUAUUUUUACUGUAUCCACACUCCUGUCAUAAAACCAGAUAAUGCACUUUGAAGGGAAAUGCAUUCUGGCUGGCAUUUAAUUAUGUUAUACUUUGAGUAAUGAAUAUAAAUGAAAAUAUUUAUUGUAAAUAAGUCAACACAGAAAACAUUGAAAUAAUGUUUUAAAACUCACUCUCUCAUUGCACUGCAACAUAUAUUCUUUUUCAUGGUUUCCUGUAUAUAGUUGUUAACAAUGUUUGAUAAAAUCUCUCUUUUCCUGGCUACUGUUCAAAGGACUUCAAAACUGUUAUAGUCACUGUAAUAAUCUUGAUCAAGCCUUCUUAUAAUGUAAAAUAUUAUACAUCUGUCAUGUUUAUGUGUUAUGUUUAUUUCCACACACACAUAUAUAUAUAUAUAAAAUUUUAUUCUUUUUCACCUGAUUUUUACUUGGUUAUUGUGCUAUUGUCAAGUCCAACCACCUGUGUACCUUCGGAUCCAGAAUCCAGCCCAGUUUCCAAAGAACCGGUUAAUUAACUGCAUUUACUGGCACUGUAUGCCUUAAAUACUCAUACCAUCAUGCCUAUUAUCAGGUUGCAAAGUAUCUUGAGUUUCACCGAGCAGAGCAGUAUCUUCCUGUAUUCUUGCUCAUGUGUACCCACUUUGAGUACAUGUAGUAAUUCGGUUUUGGUAUUUUCCUUUGAUCGUGUUACAACCCCUGCCUGUCUUCCCGGGUUUGAUGCUUGGAUUGUGUUUUGUGGCCCUCAAUAAACGAAUAUGGACCUAG